CCCGCUUCCCAUCAUAAAUAAUUCACAGCGCGAGCAAUCGGUAGCCUCUGUCAACGGUAUCCACCUUCUCUGUUUGAAAUAUUUCUCAUCUCAAGUGUCAGAGUCAUCUAUAUCACCAUGGCAAACCUCCCUCCAAGUGUCGCGCAGUCUCUCGCUGCCACCAAGGUCGACUAUCGCCUCCUCGGAAACUCUGGCCUCCGCGUCUCGGUCCCCAUCGUCGGCUGUAUGAGUAUUGGAAACCCCGAGUGGGCGGACUGGGUGAUUGGACCCGAGAAGGCGCUGCCGCUGCUGAAGGCUGCGUAUGAUCGUGGUGUGACGACGUGGGAUACGGCAAACAUCUACUCGAAUGGCGACUCCGAGCGCGUCAUCGCGCAGGCGAUCAAGGAGUACAAUUUACCCCGACACAAACUUGUUAUCAUGACCAAAGCGUGGAGCUGCGUAGGCGAAGAGCAGUUCCGCGCGUAUUCGAUCCUCGAUCAACUGCGAAUGAGCAAGGACUAUGUGAAUCAAUUCGGCCUCUCCCGCUCCGCCCUCUUCACAGCAGUAAACGACUCCCUCAAGCGCCUAGAAACAAACUACAUCGAUCUCUUCUGGAUCCACCGCUUCGACCCCUACACCCCCAUUGAGGAGACGAUGCGCGCACUGCACGACCUCGUUACGGCGGGGAAGAUCCGGUACAUUGGGGCCUCGUCGAUGUGGACGUACCAGUUCGCCAUGAUGCAGUUUUGCGCGGAAAAGAAUGGGUGGACCAAAUUUGUUGCUAUGCAGAACCACUACAGUCUUCUCUACCGCGAGGAAGAACGCGAGAUGAAUAAAUACUGCAACACUACUGGUGUCGCGAUCGUCCCCUGGGGCCCCCUAGCCGCAGGCAACCUCGCACGCCCACUCAGCGCCCGUGGAACAGCAGCCCGCUCCUCCUCUGGCUCCGGCAGCCCUUCAACAACCCGCCCCGAGUCCAUCGAAAUCAUCAACCGGGUGCAGGAGCUCGCCGAGAAGAAAGGGUGGACGAUGACGCAGGUGACGCUGGCAUGGACGCUGAAGCGGGUGACGAGUCCGAUUAUCGGGUUUAGUAGCGUGGAGAGGAUCGAUGAUGCGCUCGCGGUUCGCGGGAAGGAGCUUACUGAUGAGGAGAUGAGGUUUCUCGAGGAGCCGUAUACGCCUUUGGAGGUUGAGGGGCAUUUCUAGGCUGGUUGAUGGGGGUUUGGUAGUUGGGAAUGCAUGUGUGGUUGAAGCUAUGUGCUUGGGUAGGGCUUUGUGUAAGGAGUGUAUUGUCCUAUGUGACAGCUGGAAUGGUUGGAACCCAGGAUUCUAUACUAUGUCAAUUAAGAUGAGGCAGAUUUCAACAAACCUUUGCAGCUAACAGGAUACAGCCCCUUUGUAUGUAGAAGUAAGAGUUAUUUCACUAUGCAGAUUUCUGCAAUGCACUUUCUUUUCUGACCCAUUGCUA